AUGAGUUCGUCUCGGAGAAACGUGUCAGAGAAACCGUCAUCUCGAGAGACAGUCCAUAGAGCCAGUGUAGACAUUGAAGCAAUACCAGAGCGACGACACAAGUCCUCAAGUUCUAAAAACCUCUCCUCUACCACACCGAACGCUUCGUCUUCCCAUUCAUCAAAACAUUCUAAGCGGCAUCGGGUCACUGUCGAGUCGGAUCCUGAAGAGGACGUCGACAUGACAUCGCCAUCCAAGAGCCACAGCUCAAGCUCCAAGAAGCACCCAUCAUCUUCGUCGUCCAAGUCCAGGUCAUCAAAAUCAGAUAACUGGACAGACGUCACCGAGCCAGAGGAGAGAAGACGUAUCCAGAAUCGUCUCGCUCAACGGAAAUUCCGCGAGAAGGCCAAGGAGUCCAGAGAGCAGGCCGAGCGCGACGCCCGCAACCAGGAGCUUGCCGGCAGCAGCUACACGGUGCCCGUGGCGUGGGACGAGCUACCCCAGGGCGAUGACGAGUGCUCGGGUCUGCCCUGGGGCUCCAUCAGCAUGCGGCACGUAGUGUCUCGGGGCGGCGGGGGCAGCGGCAGCGGCAGACGGCACGGCCAGGAUUACAACAACAUGCUCAAUGCCGGCGGCGACAACGACGACAGCAACAACAAUGACGACGUGUACGCAGGGGGCAACUACACGACUGCGGGUGCGUACGUCGCGCAGCAGACCAUGGCGAUCGGCUCGCCCUCCUACCAGCACAGCUACGGCAGUCAUGAUAAUAGCAGCGGUGCCGGCGCCGACUUUUUCGAUGACGGCGCGUAUUACUACAACACGGAUUACGACGGCUCGCUCUGA